CUACAAAAUAACAAGUUGCUUGCCUUUCUCAAUGACAAGUUUAAGUAAACUAUCAAAAUAAACGACCCCAGACACGAUAGGGAUAAAAGCUUAUGUUAUGGCAUGGCUGUUACAGUCAACCUGUGUGCAGUUAAGUGGUGUAUCCACGGCGACAAGCGAGGAAAAUGACAACAAACGUAAGACUGGUGAUUCUGCGGGGACAGAAUCAGAAGCGCUCUGAAUUAGAAAUGAGAAUUGACGUGGAGUUGUCAAUAUCUUCAUUUUACACAGUAUUCAUGGUGGAUAUUCCCGCUUGCAUAAAUCUUUCGCAUUGGGUCACAGUUGCACUAUUUGCUGGACUCGAAUACGCCCGUGAACAAACGUGAUUCUUCUGACAAGUUCAUGAGAAUGGAGAGCACCUCCGGUAGUCUUGGUGACUUCUCAUUUGAUAAAGAAGUGACAGUAUCUCGAGCAGGAACGAGCAGCACGGUGGACUCUGUCAUGAUCACUCCUCAGGAAAAACUAUAUCGCUUUGAAAGUCGAGCCCAAUCCCUUGCUGAUGCACAACAGUAUGAUGCUUGCAUCCAGGACCUAGUUCGCUGUGUGGCCCUGACAAGACUUGUUUACGGAGAUGGGCAUCUGAAACUAGUCCAGGCCCAUGCCAGACUGGCAAAGGCAUACCUUCAGUUUAAAGGUUGGGGAGCACAGGCCCAGGAGCAUGCAGCCAGAGCCAGUGAUUUACUGCCUCUCUCCAGCCCCAGCUCCACCAGCCCAGAGGAGAGGCUCCAAGUGCACUCCUGUCUGCUCAGCAUCUACCAAACACAAGGGGGCGCUGCUCUGAUACUGGACAGUGUUAAGGAGGCAGAGUCCAGCUAUAAAAAGGCCAAAAGAAUUGUGGAGGAGCUCAGUCAGUUAAGUGGCAUGAGCAAGGAGGAGAUAAUGGAGGCUGACCUGGAGAUAUCCACUUCUCUGUCCAGGGUGUUCCAGCGCCAGGGGAGACCUGACGAGGCUCUGCAGCAGUGUGAGAGCUCCCUGGAGCAGCUGGAGGGCAGGGAGCGGCCAGGCCAAGUCUGCUCCAUCUACAAGGACAUGGCUGCCAUCGAACAGGCCCAGGGACGCCUGGACAGAGCCAUAGAGCACCUCUCCAAGGCUCAUGCCAUAGCUGUGAGUCAGAGUCCGGGGGACCUGGAGGGGGCUCACGUCGCUCACAGCCUGGCGCUGGCUCUCUCCACUGCACAGCCCCACCACAAUGACUCAGCCACCAAGUACUUUUUGGAAAGUCUGACUGCCUACAGGAGCUUGUUGGGUCCUCAAGAUGCUGUGACCCUAUCUGUGCAAGAUGACUACUGUCGCUUCCUCCUCCUCACAGGCCAGCAACAGUCGUGUGGGGAGCUCCAGAGGGCGUCCCUGCCCCUGAAGAGGGCAGCGUUCGGUGACCUAAGUCCUGAGGUGGCCGGCACCCUGCAGCUGAUAGGAGGCGUGGAGAUGACCCAGGGUCAGGUCCGACAGGCCCACAGGAGCAUGAGGAAGUGUCUAGAGAUCCAGAAUGUUCUGUAUGGCUCUCAUCAUAAGACGACAAGAGCUACCCAGAAAACGGUGGACAUGCUGGCCCAGGCUCCAGAGGUUGCUGGGAGACAGAGAACUGAUGGCGAAGGGAAAACAAGGCCUCCAUUCUGUGCAGUUCUUCCCCCAUCAAGCUGAGGAAGCUCCAGCAUGUCACUCUUAACAAACUGCAAAACCUGAGCUCUCACGACGAGCCUUGGCUCGCUUUGAAAAUAGAGACUUAUUUUGUCGUCUCUAGAAGUUACAUUAUUUCCCAAUAAAGUGGGAAGUGGCCCAAGAGGGAUCCCAGACAGGUCUGCAUCAUGAUUUCUUUUAUUUGAGAAACGAAUGUUGGGCUGUUUGUUGGCAAGACUACGCAGACUGCAGUGUUCAGUAUGAAGAGGAUAUGGGGUUCUACUGGAGGAGCUGAAGAACAGGACACACUGUCCCUACAAACACCCUGGAUUAUAACACCUGAUUAUGUCAAACAUUUACAGCUCAUUUAGCUAAAUAUGAGUAAUUAAUAAAGAUUCAGACUCAGUUAACACACUCUA